UGCUCAUCCUAGUAGAAGAAGCUGUUUCUUUUUCAUUAUCAUUCAAGCAGAGUGCCUUGUUUGAUGGGUCACGGCCGCUGUUUUGCUUCCAGAACACGCAAUAUCAAAUCAACUGUAAGUAAAACUGAAAAUCUGUAUGAACGUGGAAUGCAUACAUGUCAUCGUGGGCCACAGCUUGGGAACUCCUGGGGGACCAGAGGCAGGGCGGCCUCUGGCUGCUCGCCCGGCCGCUCUCCCGCCGGGGCGGCGGUCACUCCCGUCCUGGGCUCGACGAGGAUGGCGGCCGGCCUGGACUCGCUGCGGGGAUCCCUGGAGCGGCACCUCCCGCCCGCCGAGCUGGCAGAAGCGGAGCGGAUUCUGUACGGGGAGGCCGCCAGGCCACUGGAUCUGCCAUUUGCUGCUCUGUCAACUGCUGCUGAAAGGAGGUUUGAACUGCAGGGCUAUGCGUUUGGAGCUGAACCAGAGCAACUGAGGCAGCCGCGCAUUGUCCGGGUGGGACUGAUUCAGAAUAAGAUUCCACUUCCCACCAAUGCGCCGGUUGCUGAACAGGUAACCGCACUACACAAGCGCAUAGAAGAAAUUGUGGAGGUGGCAGCAAUGUGUGGGGUAAAUGUCAUCUGCUUCCAAGAGGUCUGGACGAUGCCUUUUGCUUUCUGUACAAGAGAGCGGCUUCCUUGGACUGAAUUUGCUGAAUCAGCUGAAGAAGGCCCAACAGCAAGAUUUUGCCAAGAGCUGGCCAGGAAGCAUAACCUGGUUGUGGUGUCUCCCAUCCUGGAAAGGGACGUUGCCCAUGGAGAGACGCUGUGGAACACAGCAGUGGUGAUCUCAAACUCGGGGGCUGUGCUAGGCAAGAGCAGGAAGAAUCACAUUCCACGGAUUGGGGACUUUAAUGAGUCGACAUACUACAUGGAAGGGGACAGAGGGCAUCCAGUGUUCCAGACUCAGUUUGGGAAGAUUGCGGUGAACAUCUGCUUUGGGCGCCACCAUCCCCUCAACUGGCUGAUGUACAGCUUGAAUGGAGCAGAGAUCAUCUUCAAUCCUUCCGCCACAAUUGGGAAACUCAGUGAAUCCAUGUGGCCCAUUGAAGCGAGAAAUGCAGCCAUUGCCAACCACUGUUUCACCUGCGCCAUCAACCGAGUAGGAACGGAAGUUUAUCCAAAUCCUUUUACAUCAGGAGAUGGUGGAGAUGCCCAUCGUGACUUUGGUUACUUUUACGGUUCAAGUUACGUAGCUGCUCCAGAUGGGAGUCGAACCCCCGGGCUUUCCCGCACCCAAGAUGGGCUUUUGGUGGCUGAGAUGGAUCUCAAUCUCUGCAGGCAAGUUGGUGACAAAUGGAAUUUUAAGAUGACAGGGAGAUACGAGAUGUACGCCAGGAAACUUGCUGCAGCUGUCCAGCCUGACUUCGUGCCCAAUGUCAUCAAAGAGUAGCUUUUCUCUGUUGCUCAGGAAGCGUUCAGACAAAAGCACCUCUCUCUCAUGUGACCUCCUGUCUCCUCAUGCAAACUCCCCCCCCCCCCCCCCGUGUCUUUGAGACACAUGAUCUGCCUUUCAGAAGUACUUUGGCUGGGAUUCAAUGAGUUCCUUUCGGCCUGCCCAGUGGAUUUUGGGGUUUCUUUGAACCAUAGAUUCUCUUCCUCCCUGCUCCCAUUAUUGGGGAAGUUGUUUGGGAAGCACACAACUAAUUACUUGGCAUUUUAAAAAAGUGAUAAUACAGCUUCAGCUGUUCAAUUAUAGUUUAGCACAGGCAUGAUGAAAUACUUUGAUUUAAGGCAGUUUUAAGAUGGAUGCUUUUGAGGAGACAUGUUUCAUAUAUGCAUAGAUCUAGAUGUCAGAUAUGCAGCAGAAUUAUAAACCUUCUUCCUAUAUAAGAUGAUUUUCAAUGAAACCAUGUGUUCUAUGUCAUGGUUGUCAAAAGGCCUGAGAACUGAGCUAAGAGCAUCAGAUGAGCCCUGUAACUGGAUGAGGCCAAAGGGCCACCUAGUCCAGCAUUCUGUUGUCAGUGGCCAAUCAUUGCAAAAGGGUCAUUUAAUCUACAGCUGCCUUCUUGAAUCUGGCAAGUUGUGUAGGCCUGUUUCUAGUUGCAAUUUGUGGAUGAGAAGCCAUUUCUACUGUAACUUUUUUGGAAUGAUUAAAAGAAACUUGUUUCCCCUCUUGGAAACUAAGCUUCCUCAUAGAAUAGAAUUUUGGACUGUAAGGGUUUUGGGGCAGAGACCUGUCCUUUUGUACUCUGUAAAUUACUUGGCACGUUGAUAGGGCUGAUAGAAUAACAACAAUGAAUAAUGAGAAGGAUGCAUUGGUCUGGAAGUGUGUGCUUUGAGUCCUUAGAGGGGAAACUGUGCCACUACUUACUCAACAUUUUCUUUUUCAAAAUGACCAUCUAACAGGGUUCUGCAAAGAACGUUGGCACACGCUGUGCAAUUGCUUUAACAACUUAAAACCUUUAUUGAGAGUGACUUAAUUACAAACAAAAUAUAUUUCGCAUAUAAAAUUUCUCUGCAAGUAAAAUAUCCCUUUUGUUGUAAUAGACAAGAAUGAUGAAGUCUGUUCUUCUAGCAAACAUUUUCCUGCACUGGAACAACCUGAUAAACAAGAAGAGUAGGAGGUUUGGGUGUGUUUUGUUAACUAGACCUGCUUCUGCUCAUCUAUAGCUUUCGUAGUUCUCCUGACUUUGGGCACCUUCACUGCCCCCCUUUUCCUCUCCCUCUCCACAGGGCCUUGUGUUCUCCGACAGCAAGACUGUCUUGCAUCUCUCUCCUGUUGAAUCUUAGCAGCCCAGGUACGGCAAACAGCCAUUCCCCUCUGGUCCAGAGGAAAGGCUAAAGUUCUCUUAACGAAAUGAGAGUUGUCUGGGCUCUUUCAUUGUGAUGAUCUGCACAGAAUUCAUUGCUUCCUCAUUGCUUUUCUCUGGCUCUGACCUGGUAAUACACUUGAGGGGCCACACUGAUUAUGCAUUGCUAAAGAGACUAUUUACAUCCCAUGCUGUACUUCUGAUAAAUACAAGGCAAGCAGCUGCACACAUUAGCAACCUCCACACUUUGAUUCCCCACCCCCUUACAGUAGAUACCUGUAAAGACCAUAGUCCUCUUCAAUUGGAGAGGGGGAGUGGGUGUCCAGGUGCCAGCAACACUCCCAGCAUCCCUGGGCCCACACACAUCACUCCUGACCUUUAUACACAUGCUUGCAAAUGUCCUUGCGACUGAGAAGCCUGAUAAGGUAAAGUUCCUGACUGCGGGAGGGCUUGUAAGCACAUUCAGCUGGAUGUAUGUGCAGGCCCUCUUCAGAGCAUCCCAGUCAACAUGGAAAGGCCAGGGAGAAGCGUGUAUGCGCCCACUCUCCCGUGUAAGGCCUCCUGCAUUCUUUUGAAUGCUUGACUAGUGCUCAUAUCCUGAAUCCACACAAUGUCUCUCUCUCUAGCCCAUUCCCUACAUUACAACUUGAAGCAGAGGUGUGCAACCCCUACAACCCCUGUCUAAAAUCUGGAUCUCCUGAGAAUCCACAGUAGGUCUACUUUGUUCAAGUCAGAUGUAUUUAAGGUCUUUCAGCAUUAACAUGUCUGUGCCUUAAAAUGAUACAGUGCCCUUAUUCUUGACACUAAAAGACUUCCGCAGUGCCUUGAAAGAGUUGGGUUUGGUUCACUUGAUGACAGGCGGGACCUGAGGAGCCUUAUAAGUCUCAGUUGUCCCUCUGCAAAAGAAAAGAGAGGUUGGGGGGGGAGAGCUCUCAGGUGCUGCAGGAAGUCCCAAGUGGCAGAGAGAAGUCUGGAUCCUGCCAUCAGGAACAUUCACACACAGACAGAAAUUUCUUCUUGUUAAUCUGUUGCACCUCUGGUGCAGUGGGGUGCUUGCUUUUGACAUGACGUAGAGCAGGCAUGGGGAACCUGUGGCCCUCCAGAUGUUGCUGGACUAUAGCCCCCAUAAUCAUUAGCCACGGGGGGGAGGGGCUGCUGGGAGCUGGAGUCUCGCAACAACACCUGGGGGGGGGGGACAAGUCCCACAGAGAACUCCUCUCGUUGCAUUUUCAUGGUUGAUCAGAUUUUGAGCCCAAAUUGCAUGGUACUUACCAGGUAUUAAAAAAAUCCUCAGGAGAGGUGAAGUAAUUUAACUCUUCUUAAAACCUUUUUCUCUGCUAGAGCACCCUCCCUCUCUGGCUAAGUUUUGACACAGUUCACUAAUAAUUCCCUGCCUAGUAACAGGACCUCACAGUACUUUAAAUGAAACACACAGUGGAUAUUAAAAUAUGAACAUUUAUUUUAGACCAGCAGGGAAGCCAUGUCUGUCCCUGAGUGUAGAAUCCUAAACGUGAGUAUAGUGUGAUGAGGUAGAAAGUCUGGGCUCUGGUUACAAUCUGCCUGAACUGCAGCCAAGAAAAAAUCCCUGCCUCCAAUUAUACAAACAGGAGGUCUGCGCAAGGCUGUUAGUUGCCUGGAAGUCCUCAAGAAAUCUUAUCAAGGCAAUCCUGGCCUCAGAUUACAGCUUCCCAACAUGUGACCAAGUUUCCUUCGCUGCCCUCAGGCUUUGUAGUGAUGCUACUGCCAGUUGCACUUGCUUACCCUAGUAGUUUAGGUCUGCUUUCUGUGGCCAAAUGGAUCUGAUUCAACAGUUCACCAUCAGUUUAAAAUGCCUGAGGCAACAGGAAGCAGCUGUCAAUUGUCCCUGUGGGGGGAAAGAGAGCGAAUCUGCAUUCAGAGUCUCCUGUCUACCCAGAGAGUGUUAGACACACUUCAGCUUAACAAAUAAAAGGCUAAUUGUGCCAGACUGGGGGCUCAGUAAUGCUCUUGUCUUUUAAAAUGUUUUAAUUUCUUGUACAGUCACAAUUGGGCAGCCCCUCACUAAAAAGCAUGCUGAAAGUGACAGCAGUUAGACGGAGAUUAUCUGAAAACAAGUUGAUAGUGUGCAAAAACCAAUUCAUACAACCAUUUCUGAGGUUGUGUCAUCACAACCGUAAUCCCUUUUAACUUCACCAUUCCCAUGGUGAAGCCAUCUUCUGAAAGCACUACCAGCCAAGUCUAGUGCCAACAAUGUAAAACUAUGCAUUCAGAAAGAACCACCUGACCUCAUGGAGAAGUCACUGGUUGGCCAAUGCCCUUUCUGCAUCAAAAGCAGCUGUGAGAAUCCACCCAUUUUGGCUUGCAGAUGGUUGAUGACUUCCUCUGGUUGUCCUUUUCCCUAAAACCCAGUAAUCUCUGGUUGGCGAUGUUAAUCCUGUUCCCUGCUCAUUAGAUUCCCUAACCGGUUGAAAGAUCAUCCUUUCCAGUUAAGAAAGGAGGCUUUACUCGUGUCCUUUUCUGUUUUGAGCCUCUCUGUGAGAAGUUUCAUUUUACUGAACUUUGUAUUGAUGCAACUGCUGAGACUGUUAUUCCUGUAAAAAAGGGCGAACAGGAAAUGUCUGAGUCUGCAUUUUAAAAUUUCUCAAAAUGUGCAAAAUUUAAAAAUACACACAUAUAUUUAUAUAUUACA